CUUCCGGAAGUGGUUGUGACCGAGGCUGCGCGCAAGGCCUGAGCGGGAGAGGCCCCGCGAGGCGCUGGCGGAGGGACGCACAGGAUGUAGCCGGUCCCGCACUUCAGCCUCUAGCAACCAGGAUUUGCUUUCUGCUUUCCCAGGAUUGGGGAGCCCACGACGGAGUUAUUCGAAGCGGAGAAGAUUUGUUCCGGGUGAGCCCAAGCCACCCCGGAAAUGCGAUGGCUGAGGAGCGGGCACCAGGGACGAGACUGAGUUUCAAACCAAGCCACUGGUUUCUCCUGGUUAAGAUAAAGAGCUCUGCGUGUUUAACAGUGAAAAUGGCAUAAUCUGCGUUAACAUCCCACAACUUAAAGCCAUGACUAUUAAGGAAGAAGACACAUGGACUUGUGCUACAUGGAAAUGUGUGCACAGAAAAAGGACAUCUAUCAAUCUUUAAAAGUAGGAAGGAAUCCUUCCGCACCAAAAUGGGUACAUUCUGCUCGGUUAUCAAGUUUGAAAAUCUCCAAGAAUUAAAGAGAUUGUGUCACUGGGGUCCCAUCAUUGCCCUCGGUGUUAUAGCAAUAUGUUCUACAAUGGCCAUGAUUGACUCUGUACUGUGGUAUUGGCCCUUACAUACAACUGGAGGAAGUGUGAAUUUCAUCAUGUUGAUAAAUUGGACAAUCAUGAUUCUGUAUAAUUACUUCAAUGCCAUGUUUGUGGGGCCUGGUUUUGUCCCUCUGGGGUGGAAACCGGAAAACUCCCAGGAUAGUAUGUAUCUCCAGUAUUGCAAAGUCUGCCAGGCGUACAAGGCACCCCGUUCACAUCACUGCAGAAAGUGCAACAGAUGUGUGAUGAAGAUGGACCAUCACUGUCCUUGGAUCAACAACUGUUGUGGCUACCAAAAUCAUGCUUCAUUCACACUGUUUCUCCUUUUAGCACCACUGGGUUGUAUUCAUGCUGCUUUUAUUUUCAUUAUGACUAUGUAUACACAGCUUUAUAAUCGGCUCUCCUUCGGGUGGAACACGGUGAGGAUUGACAUGAGUGCAGCCCGGAGGGAUCCGCUUCCGCUUGUUCCCUUUGGAUUAGCUGCAUUUGCUGCCACCUUGUUUGCCUUAGGGUUAGCUAUAGGAACAACUAUAGCUGUCGGGAUGCUGUUUUUUAUCCAGGGUUUCGAAGACUGUAUAUCUUCAUGGAGCGGACUGCCACACCUGUCUCCUGCUGAGCAGCUGAUGAAAAUAGUUCUCAGAAACAAAACUUCUAUUGAGUCAUGGAUUGAAGAGAAGGCUAAAGAUCGAAUUCAAUAUUAUCAACUAGAUGAAGUCUUUGUUUUUCCUUAUGAUUUGGGAAGUAGGUGGAAGAACUUUAAACAAGUAUUUACGUGGUCAGGGGUUCCUGAAGGAGAUGGACUGGAGUGGCCCAUAAGAGAAGGCUGUCACCAGUACACCUUAACAAUAGAACAGUUGAAACAAAAAGCAGAUAAGAGGGUCAGAAGUGUUCGCUAUAAAGUAAUAGAAGAUUAUAGUGGAGCCUGCUGUCCUUUGAAUAAAGGAAUCAAGACCUUCUUUACAAGCCCCUGCACUGAAGAGCCUCGAAUAAGGCUACAGAAAGGGGAGUUCAUUCUAGCCACAAGAGGCUUACGAUACUGGUUGUACGGAGACAAACUUCUUGACGAUUCCUUUAUAGAAGGUGUUUCAAGAAUGAGGGGAUGGUUCCCUAGAAACUGUGUGGAAAAGUGUCCCUGUGAUGCCGAAACAAAUCAAGCCCCAGAGGGCGAGAAGAAAAAUAGAUAGCCACUGUUAAAGUAAAAUUAUUCUGUAAGCCCACUCCAUUACUUGAAAAUUGUACAUAUUACUAAACAAUUAUGCAAUGAGCCUACUCCGGUCAAGGUGUUCUUUUCCUCAGAGGUGCCCUAGUGCCAUGAUUUAAAUAUCUUUAGUACCAUUUUGAAAUGGAGAAGCCAUUCAGCAUAUGCCUUUGAAUUCCUGCCCCUCCCUACCACCUCUUCCUGCCCACAGAAGGGAAGGCACUUCACCCAAGUAAGUUAAGUGCAUUUUCUCUAGGGUUUUUUAAUAUGCCGCACACUAUGGACCUCACCUGCAGAUACAGUUCCCCCUUUUCCAGGAGCGUCUGCAUGUGAUGCUUUUAUUCUGUCUUCCCUUCAAUUGAUAUUUCUUAUAUAAUAUUCUAGAUAUUAUCGAAUUUAAUUUGUCCCAUUCAAUAUAAGCUCAAAUUUUGUUACCUGUCUUUUAAUAAUGAAGAUUUUAUCAAAUGAAGUAAAGAUCGAUGGAUGUUGUGUAUAAAUCAUGGUUUUUACAUAAAGCAUUUUUCUUUGUGCUGAUGAAAAAGGCUUUGUCUUAGUUCUUUUUAGAAAAACUGUUGCUCUGCAACCCUGUGACAGUUUGGCAUCUUGAAUCCUGAGGCUUAAGACACAUACUCACUUCAGUGUGUAAACCCGCUAGUGGUACAACAGUUAAGCACUUGGUUACUAACCAAAAGGUUGGCAGCUUGAACCCACCAGCUGCUCCACAGGAGGAAGUGCAGUCUGCUUCCACAAAGAUUACAGCCUAGGAAACCCUAUGGGGCAGCUCUCCUCGGUCACAUGGGGUCACUAUGAGUUGGAAUCAACUCAACAGCAUCAAGUAUAAAUGGUAUACUGAGGUCACAGCUUCUAAGAGGCUUUCAAUCUAGUGAAUCAAAUUGCUCGUGUACACUCGCAUAUAUCAAAAACUGAAGCUUGUGGGAGUGGAGUGUUAGAAUCCAAACUGGUGGCCUUGGAUACUUGAAGUCAGGAUUGUCUAAACACAUGAGUAGAAUCAUAGAAGGAAGAAAGCGCAUUCCUCUGGACUUCAGUAACCUAUUUAUUCUUCCCAAGGCAGGGGACUUGAAACUUCAGGGGCUAGAUUUAUAAUAGUUAAGGACAAGGGAAGGGUACUAGGGGAUUCAAUAAAGGAAGCAUGACUGCCCCAUUAACAGGGAGAGGAGAUGAGUGUGGGAAGACAAGUAAAAUGUAUUCAGAUGGAGUAAUAUAAAUAAAGAAGAGACCGUCUUAUGGAGGUGACACUGAAGCAGAUGAGACACAGGUCAUGAGUCCCUGAGGGUACCUGCUUUUUAGGUAGAGGGAACAACAAGAACACUGAGACUAGGAUGUGCCCAGCAUGUUUGAACAGCCAGUUGCAAUGAGUAGGGAAGGGAUAUGAGGAAGUGAAGGAGAUAAUAGGGGGCUAGAUGGUGUAGAGACCUAUGAAGUAAUUCCUGCCUUCCCUUUUAUUUCAGAAACCCAAAGAGUAGACCUUUGUUCAGCUAUUCUGGGCUCAGGGUCUAGAAAGACCAUCCAGGAACACUCUCUUAUCUCCAGUUAGAAGCCAGAAAGGAGCGCUAGUCAAGAUUACUUAGGGUACACCAAAGAUGGUCAAGGAGAAAGAACAUGAACUGUGCCUAAUAGGAGUGCUGGCUCUGCUGGCAUUUGUUUUUAUUCACAGCUGUGGGAUAAGAAGGCAUGGUCCUCUCAACUUAGUUUAUGUCUUAGUCUCUUAAUUCUGCUAUAACAGAUAAACCACACGGGGAUGGCUCUAACAAAGAGAAAUGUAUUUUUUCAAAGCUUAGGAGGCUAGACCUGAAUUCGGGAUGCCAGCUCUAGGGGAAGGCUGUCUGUUCUCCUUGGGGGAAAAUCCUUGUCUCAGCUUCUCUAGUGUUCUUGGUGUUCCUUGGAGAUCUCCACCUGGUGUCUUAUCUUCCCUCAUUUUUGUUUGCUUCUCUGCACCUAAUCUGCUCCUUUUAUAUCUCAAAAGCAUUUGGUUUAAGACAUCCUACACUGAUAUGGCCUCAUUAACAUAACAAAGAAAAUUAUAUUCCCACAUAGGAUUACAUCCGCAGGUAUGGGGUUUAGGAUUUACCACACAAAUUUGUUGGGAACGUAAUUCAAUCCUUAACGGUUUACUUCAGUAAUAAGCAAACUUGGUUGCAUGCUAGAAUCAUCUGGGGACUUAAAAAAAAAAAAAAAACCUGAUGCCCAGGCUAUACCCCAGACCAGUUAAUUCAGAAUCCCUGGGAGUUGGACCCAGGCAGCAGUGUAUUUUAAACUUUCAGGUAAUUCCAGUGUGCAGCCAAGUUAGAGAACCGCUCAUUUACUUGAUUGUUAAAUGAUUCUCAUUUUCAUCAUUGUCCAUGAGGAAACAAACACCACAAUGUAAGUAUUUGCAAU